AUGAAUGUUAAUGAUGUCCAACAAGAUGAAUGGUAUACAGUGUAUUGUGGUCCCGGUAAAUUUAUAUUACCUUUACGAUACCAAAAUAUAGCUCUUAUUGGACAAGGAACUUAUGGCAUUGUAGUUCGUGCCACUGAUACCACAACAGGUAAAUAUGUAGCUAUUAAAAAACUUCUUCAUCCUUUUCAAUGUGAAACACUUGCAAAACGAACCUAUCGAGAACUUAAAUUCCUCAUCUAUCUCAACCAUCAUAAUGCACAAGAUUUAAAGCCAACCAAUAUUGGAAUCGAUAAAGAUAGCAACGUUACAAUUCUUGAUUUUGGAUUAGCGUCUGUUGCAUCAGCCAAUACUCCCACUAUUUAUGUUUCUACUAGAUGGUGGCGUGCACCAGAAAUAUAUAUCAACGAGGAAAAAUAUAAUGAAAAAAUUGAUCUAUGGUCUGUUGGUUGUAUCAUGGCUGAAUUAAUUCUACUUAAGCCACUUUUUCCGGGAGAAGAUGCAAUUGAUCAGUUAAAUAAAAUACUUGACAUUACCGGCACACCAGAUUCGACAACAAUACAAGAGAUAUGUAUACCAGGUAUAUCUGCUUAUAUCAGUCAAAAAGAACCCAAACCCAAAAGAGAUUUUAAUGAAUUGUUUGGUUUUAAAUAUGAUCCAUUAACACAAAAUCCAAUAUCAGGGAUUUCACCAGAAGGUGUUGAUCUGCUGGAUCGUCUUCUAUCUUUUGAUCCUCGUCAACGUCCAACCGCCGAACAAGCCUUAAGUCAUCGAUUUUUGGAAUUUUACCAUGAUCCAAUAGAAGAACCAACUAUAGAACCUAUAAGUGAUGAACAUCAAAAUGUAAAACAUACUCGUGACCAAUGGAAAUCUAUUGUAUGGCAAAUGGUUCAAGAGUUUGUACCACCAUCUUGGGUUAACGAUGAUUCUAUGGACGAUUCAUAA